AUGUCACCCGAUUUCAGCAGCAUCGUUCGUUCGCAUUCAUUUACCUUUCUUGUCGGACCAGAACAUACAAAGCUCUCGAUUCAGUCGGCACUUGCCCAGCAUGUAUCGAAGCCGCUGCAUAAUCUCAUGAAUAAUGGACACACUCGAGAAUCCAAGCACCGUAUCGCAGUUCUGGAGGAUGAAGAUGUUGAGACCUUUGUUGCCUUUUGUGAAUAUGCAUACACUGGUGACUACAAGGUACCACGGGAGGAGAGGAUAAUUACUGGUGUCAUCGAGAGUGCCGGCAGUGUGAGUUCUUGGAAAAAUACCUGUCGUUCGGACUCAGUCUCCUCUGCUGUACCUCCACCAGCUCCAACGCCACCAGUUGGGACUGUUGUUGAGCCGGUAAACCAUGCACCCGAGCCUGCCCCAGUGGCCGAAGAGGCAGAAGAUGAAGAUGAGAAAGAAGUAAAGAAUACUCCACAAUCAGAGCAUGGAGAUGGAGAAAUCGAAGAAUUCCAUCCAGUCGAAAACCUGCAAGAAGAUGAACCAUGCCAGUCAAGCAUAUGGGACUGGACAACUCCAACAUCUAGAAAGGAAAAAAAAUGGAAGAAAGAUAGGAGAGCACCUCAGCUUGAGCCGAUGGAGGAGUCUGUACCAACAGAGGAGCCUGCCAAUCUCACACCACCAUCAACCCCUCCCCCGGAAGCCCACCCAGAAGAGACUGUUGAAGUAAACACUUUCGCUUUGGAAGAACAUGCAGAGACCGAGCAAGGAACAGAAAAGGAGGUGCAAGCUGAAGAUGAGCCUGUAGCGGAAGGACAAGAGGAAGCUGAAGAUGAGCCUGUAGCAGAAGGACAAGAGGAAGCUGAAGAUGAGCCUGUAGCAGAAGGACAAGAGGAAGCUGAAGAUGAGCCUGUAGCAGAAGGACAAGAGGAAGCUGAAGCUGGAGCGGAAUCUCAAGACGAAGAACAAAAGGAAUUGCCAAAGCCUACCAUCGACAUGUCCUUUGCCAAACAAUCCGAUUCUUCCCCUCGCACACCAGGACUGAGUCUGUGGGAUGAAUUCAUUUCACUCCAAUACAAUGACGAGAACACACAGACCCCCUUCGACACUGCAGCUGAUGACUAUCCCUACCUAACGUUUCACGCCAAAUUAUAUGUCUUUGCCACGCGCUACCUCAUUCCUGCCUUGGCGCAGCUCUGCCUACGAAAACUGCAUCACGACUUGCAGCACAUCUCAUUCGAGGGUGCAGACGAAGAAACAGAGGAGGCAGAGCUGGUAGAAUCACGGCCGGAUCUCCAUAGUGAUUUGGCUUCACGACAUGCCUCGAUGGUACUGGAAUUGCUGCGGUACACUUAUAACAAGACGACCAGACUGGAGCCGAUUUCGCCUACAUCGGCAACUCAGCUUCGUGAAAACGAGCUUCGUCGAUUGGUGACUCAUUAUGCAGCAUGCAAAGUGAAGGAUCUAGCAGGACAUCAAGAUAGCGGAGAUGCCACACCGUUUAAUCGGGAUCUUAAGCGGGCCGAUGCCGGGCCGAAAAGCCUCCGAGAACUAUUAGAUCAAAUACCAGAGUUGGCAUCAGAUCUAGUCUACCGCAUGAUGUGA